AUGGUGGAAUCUGGCAAAGAUUUGAAAAUCGAUGCGGCUUGGCUUGCCGAUAGGAUAAAUAGCACGGUGGUGGAUGCAGACGGUCACUGGAGGACAGCUCUUCUGAACGAUAUCCUUGCGAAAGCAGCCAAACCCUGUGUGCCGGAGGAGAGCACGAAAAAGACAGUUUUCACGGUUGGUGCAGAAGAAACGACAAGCGAAGAAGGUGCACUUGUGGCCAGUACCAAUCGUGGUUGUCGUGCUUUAUUUGAAUCUGGUGGAGCAAUUGCUCGGGUAUACAAAGAUGGCAUGACACGCGCUCCUGUUGUUCAGUUCGAAAGUACUUUGAAAGCUCUUGAAAUGAAAGGUGUGCUCGAGUCACCAGACUGCUUCAGAGAACUCAAAGAUGUCUUCGAUGCUACCAGCAGUUAUGCUAAGCUGCAGAGGCUCGAGGCCGAUGUGUGUGGCCGUUUGCUGUUCAUUAGGUUCGAAGCUACUACGGGUGAUGCGAUGGGAAUGAAUAUGGUUUCGAAGGGUGUAAAUUGCGUUCUGUCUCAUCUUAAAAAGAAAUACCCAGAAAUGGAGAUAUUAUCAUUAUCUGGUAAUUAUUGCGUCGAUAAGAAGGCGAGCGCAAUCAAUUGGAUUAAGGGACGAGGGAAGUCAGUUGUCAGUGAAGCAACUAUUCCGGCUGCAGUUAUUCAGAGUGUCCUGAAAACAACGGUUGAUGCAAUGGUACGUCUUGGGCAAGCCAAACUGAUGAUUGGUUCUUCAAUGGCUGGCACUGUUGGUGGUUGGAACGCUCAUGCUGCCAAUGUUGUUGCGGCAAUAUUCAUUGCAACAGGACAGGUUAAUGCAAACCAUUGCUGUAGUAUUCGGAUUUUAAGUAAAUAACA